AUGACUCAUGAACUGGCGAUUAUCAUUGGUCUCGUCUUCCUGGUGGUGUGUGUGACAGCUUCUGACUAUGCUGGCCUAUCCUUUAACCUUACUCGUUUCGCCAACGACAGAUUUGAAAAUCCUACAGCGACGAAUUGCAAACGAGAACCAGAGAAUGAAAAAUUUUGUACAGACACUAACUCGCGAUGCGGCAGAAACUGCUGUCAAUGCACUUGUGAUAAUCCAAAGUCGACUUUUGAUAGAAGCACCAUGACAUGUCGAAUCAACAAAGAGUUUCGUUUUGGUGAGUACAUACAAACAGACUAUCAGUAACUAUAUCGCAAAUAUCAGAUCGUAGACAUUUAUCACAACUUCAUGAUGUCAUUAAUCAUUAUGGACCGAUCCGAGAAAUAGUUGCCAUUCUUUCUUCUUCCAAAAUUUCAACCAAGAUAAUCACACUGUUGCUUUAUAGAGUACUUCAAGACUAACAGUUUUAUAAAGUAUAAAUAUAAUGAAACUAAAUCGCAUUUCAAAGGGCUAUGGUUAGUUUUCAAUCUUAAACUUUCACACUUUGCCCUAAAUAACAACAGUCUCUGUUGAAUUAUUAGGCUGGUAAUGCAUAAAAUAUAAGAUAAUGUAAAAUAGUGGUAGCUAGUUUUCAAAUCGGUCAAUACUCCAAUAGACUGCGCUAUUCUAGUAGAAUAGCUAAUUCUAGCUACAGCUCGUUUGAAUGGUUCUUUGAUUACUAAAACGGAAGUCCGUUUUGUUUAUUUACUUUCACCUGCCAACCAAAGUAAUUCUAUAAUGGAAGACAUAUCUAAAAAAGCAAAUUUGAAAGGUGAGUUGUGUGCUUGAUUUACACAGUGCAACUCAAGUUGAAAGCAGGUUGCAUUCAAUGGUUGCAUGCCACAGUUUUAGGCAAAAGUUAUGUCGUGUAAUUUGGCCUUUAUAUUGCUUGGUUUCAGCAAGCGUUAAAAGAAGGGGAAAAGGAAUUAAACUACAUCUCUCAAUUGUAUUUGUCUCUAGAAUGCUGGAUAGAUAUGACGUAAACUAGACUUGUCACAAGAACGCCUCGGUAAAAAUGACGUCAUAUCUCAACACCAUUUGCAAUCUAUAAUUCAGUUGCUGCAAUAAAUCCCUUCCAAGGGACUUAAAAAUGAGGUCGUUUCAAAAACACUGCAAGGUCUAAUAGAACACUAACGAUUAUGGACGUCUGUUAUUCUCCGAUCCGAUUUGACGUCAUCAGUUUUUCAUCUUACUAUCUACAGAUGUUUGCCAAAAAUAGACCUCAGACAAAACAAAUAAUUAUUACACGGUGCUGAUUUCCUUUGAGUUUGAGAAGCGUGUGUAGUGAUAUUUUGUUUUUUCAUUUCAGGUUGCAAGAUAAAUUUUAAAGGUUCCGAUCAAGAAACGGGAAUCAAACGCCUUGAUUUAACCAAAGACGGUAAAGCAAAAAUAAACUGGCAAGUUGAUACCUGGAAUGAUGAAGUGAAUUCGUUUGAAAUUAUCAGUAUCAAUUCGUAUCAUGAUGGAAGUGGGAUGAAAAACAAGUUUUUGAAAGAAAAACUAAAAGGAAAGGGGCCAGAAAAAGAAAAACCAAAAACGAAGAAUGGAAAAUGUGAAGCUUCAAUUCAGGUAAACGUUUUGGUAAUUAUACUGUAAAUUUCCAAUAUCAAGCCCCCACCUCGAAUAAGCUCUAUCCCAUCCCCAUUUCUGUAAUAGGGUCCCCACUCAAAUAAGCCUCACCCUCUAUUAAGUUUCUUCUCUAAUAAGUCCCCUCUCUAAUAGAUCCCCUCUCUACCCAAAUAUGACCCACACUCUAAUAAGUCAUCCUUUUUGAUAAAUCCACAAAUUACCAAAGGACUGUCUGGCACAGAAUAAAGACACACAGAAGGUCGACUUAAGCCUGUUUUCCAAUAGGCGGAAUUUUGCUCGCGGAGCGGAAUUUUUCUUUGUCUUGUGAUUUCUCGGGUGAAACCAUAGAAAUAAUAGACAUAGAAUGCGUGCUCCUAUCUCUUCUCAGUAAAAAUUUUGUCUCCACAAAAUGGCGGAUUUAUAAGGGCAUUUUGGCUAGUCCCAGACUCCUGUGGCGUGGAAAUUCGCGCGGUGCCGGGAGUGCGAAUUGUUUUUUUCAACAAAGUUUGCAAAAACAAUUCUAUCCAGACUUGAAGUGGAAAAAAAGACGGAGAUAAUGGAAAAAACCCCAUUCCCGUGGGUUUUUUUACGAAGAGCAAUAGUUCUGAACAGAAUAUAUAGAGAAAUCGUCGUUUCAAAAUACAUUUUCAACGUUGUUGUGCAAGCCAAAACAAAACACGAACAAUCAAGACAAACUGAAACUCAAGAGGUAUGUUUUAAAAAAUAUAUUUCAACUGUUUUAUAAUAUAAAUAGAGUUCAAUAAUCUUUUUAAACUUACACAACUACUUUUUAUACUUUUUUAUACGUUGCUUGAGCUUGAGGCAACGCUUUUGAAACCAUAUGUUUUCGACGACCAUUUAGGCGAUUUACAGCUUUACAGUUUUAAAUAUCAACAACUGAAAUAUUUUUGUUUCAAAAACAUGAAAACACUUCGUUUAGAUUGAAGAAAAACAAAACCCGACGAAGAAUGAACUAUCAUCUCGUAAUUUUAUAAAGUAUUAGCAAAACAGUUACGUUCAGAGCUUGCAAAAAUGUUUUAUGAGUAAGUUAUAUUUUAUACGCGAAACUACACGAAAAAACUAGUUGUUUUUUAUACAAGGCUGCACGAUUUUCACCGUUUUUGUAACGGCACAUUUGCUUUGAGCCUUUAAAGAACUUAAUAUUUCCAAUUCUAUCCCCAAACUACAAAUACCAAACGUUUUGACGAUGAAAACUUUAUAGUUUUAGUUUUGUUUAUACUUUGUAGUUUGCACUCCUACUCAAAUUCAACAUGGCGGAUUUAUAAGGGCAUUUUUGUUUUCAGUUUGGACACCGGUCACGUGACCAAGCACGCAUUCUAGGUCUAAUAUUUCUAUGGGUGAAACUAAUUAGAAAAGACAAAGAAAGAUUCCGCUCCGCGCGCAAAAUUCCGCCUAGUGGAAAACUGGCUUUACGGCCGAAAAAGCGUAACCGCUGCACGCGACGAUUCGCAAUAAUUCGUCAUAAAAAUGCUGUACAAAGGGAGUGUGAAAGUAGACAAACCUCUUGGUUUCAUUUUAGUGGGAUAAAGUUGAAAAAAAUUCAGCAUACAAUGGCAAAGUUUUCAGAGUUAAUAUCUCUUACGAAAUUAAAAAAGCUAGUGAUGAACGUCUCGUGAACAAAAACGAUUGCUUCAUCUUCAAGUCUAAAGGAAAUAUCAUGGGUAUGAAACAGACUUUUUUUUUCUUUUUUAUUUUAAAGGACCCUCGGCAUAACAAUAGUGUCGUUGAAAUGUUCCAUUGUCUUGUCAUUGUUUUGAAAACCAACUGUUCUCCAAGCCAUCCAGUUACUCGUUGUUUUGACUUGUCAGUUUGCAAGGCACCUGGUAAGCGCACACCCUAUACUUAACUGUUUCUUUUAACACUGUAGUGACCUUCCCAACCUUACCCUCAACGACACCAUCCCCAAUUACCAUGUCAAGGACACCGUCUUCAAAAACUAAACUGCCCUCCAGCAAUACACCGAACGAAAUUUCAACACCUGCCAUUUCUAUGACUACUCAGGUGAGACUCGAAAACGAUGGUGAAUCCGUUCUACAGAAAUCGUGUUUUCAUCACUAAAUUCAUAGGGCGGAAAAAAUUAGGGGGGCGGGCAAAUAUUUGCCCGACAUUGAUGGAAAUUGCGCGACUUUAUCACGGAUUUACUGAAUACUGAUAGAUGAAUGUAGAUAGAAAGAAUACAUCUCCUAAACAAUAAAAAAUAAAACAUACUGAUGCAGAAUAAAAGUUCCACCUCAACUCAAUAUUUGAGAAAAGACAAGAGGAAACAAGAUUCAACAGUAAGAUUUCGAACUUAUUACAAAUUUAUCAUCAGACUUUUAUUCAGAGUAUGUUUUACAGUAUACUUUAUUUCAUAAAGUUUUCGGCUGGAACCAGAUUUUGAUUUCCUAUACAGUCGCGUGGAAAUACAAAGUCAAUCUUAAAACAAUACAUAAUUGCCCCAUUUAGACUAACUUCCCGAUGGACAACCUCGCAAGCCAGAACCCUGCUUUCGCUCGAAACGUCUGUAUUUAUUUUGUAUCUCUCUCAAACCAGGGCUUGGAGAAAACCCUGCUAGUGCCAUGCUUGGCAAGCAGUCACUGACCGUUUCCACAUUUCCCUCACUCCUUAAAAGAAAUGUUUACUAAAGAAAAUGCUAGAGCUUUUUUCUUUUAAAUUCUGAUCAAGGAAUCCAAAAAGACACGAAAACCGACGGAAUCGACCGGCAAGACAGAUGAUCCACCGGUGCUUACCCCUGGGGCGAGAAAGGAAGGCGGUGUGGGAGGUAAUGAUGCUACGACUGUGUCCCUAGCUGUUGUGGGUUGUCUUCUUCUACUUGUUGCUGUUGUGUUGGUUGUUCUGUGGACAAGAAGACGGUCUGCAAAAGCAUCAAAAGAGAAAACUAGAGGUAGUUAUGAAUUUUUAAUUUACUGUGAAUUUGGGUUUGAUUUUUGCAGUUGUCUGUGAGAGACUUUGAUUAUAUUUUCAACUCAGUCGUAUGUGAGAAGAGCGCUUCCAGUUUGACCUUACUAAACAUCGCCAGUUUCCAUCUGCAAUACGACUGGACCAAUAAGAAAUACUGUAACCCUUACACCUGGGGAGAACAGUUUAAAGCACAGAUUCAUAGUAAAGGCUGUUGUCCAAUCACGCGUUUUUCAAACGCGCGUAUACGCAGUGAAACGUUGAAAUAUCUUUAAAUGUUACUUAUGAAAUAAUUGAAUGAAUAAAAGGAAAGCAUAUAAGUAGUUUUGUGAAUGAUUUAAUACGCAUUUGUACAGGUAAUUCAUACUUGUCUUAAAUUGAAAAAGAUUUAAAAUUUUCCGUGCGUAUAAAAACGCGUGACUGGAAAGCAGUAAGACUGAUAGAGGCAUCCAGUAUGAAUACAGUUAGUCUAGUGUAGGUUGAUCAAUAAGGCAGGGUGCGAUAAUUCAAUAUUUUUGGCCGUACCUGACUGGUACUCCGACAACUUUUGCCGCGUACCUGAUCUGGUACAAACUUAAGAGUCAAGACGUACCUAAGACUACUUCCGAGUCAUGCGUUUUUAUACCUACAUAUAGUUUUAAUACUGGUCCAAAAGCAAAAAAUGUAUGGCAAUUUUGUACAAAUGAAUCUUUAAUUAUGGUAUUUGUACAACAUAAUAUAACAGUUCUCAAAGCGUCGACGUUGUGACCGGCUCGAAUGCCAUCGCUCAUUUACAGUGGAUUUACCGAGGGUGCUAACUGUCUGACCUCAACUACAUACAGUGGUGGCAGGUUGGCUAGUUAUUGCUAGAAGGGAAAUGUAAGUACGCGAAUAGUAAAUUUCCGCGUACCUACGUGGUACUUGGCUAAAAACAAAGAAGUACCAGACCAUAAAUUUGGCGUACCUCCGGUACGUUGGUACGCGAAUUAUCGCACCCUGAGUAAGGGAUGACUCUUCAGUAUAGAAAUAAUAGAGCUGUUCAGUAAAAAUGAAGUUGGUUUCCUUUUAAAUAAACUCUAGGAAGAACAGUUUCGGACAACCGACAUUGCUUGUGAAAUUCUGAUACUGUAAUUAAUUUCAUUAUUCUUUCUUUUCGUAGGGGCUGCUGAUGCAGACGGAAGUGUCGAUGUAAGCCAACUUUAUAUAAUGUUCCGCCAUAUUAUCUUAAUGUUCUGCCAUAUAACUCUUUCUAGUGCAGUUUUCGUAACAUCUAUCCAUCCGUUUGUGUCAUUCUCAUGUCGUUGUAGAAUCCAUUGGAAAAUAUUUACGCCGAAGCAGACACCUCAAUAAAUUAUCCUCAAAAGG